AUGCCAACAGCUACUAUAGGUAGCAUACAGCUGCCUAACAACGAGGAUUGCGGGAUCCGAGAUGUGUGGGCACACAACUUGGAAGAAGAAUUUCGUACCAUCAGGCAGAUUGUGCAGAAGUAUCAAUAUGUUGCUAUGGAUACUGAAUUUCCAGGCGUUGUUGCCAGACCCAUAGGUGAAUUCAGGAGUUCAGCGGAUUAUCAGUAUCAGAUGCUGAGGUGCAAUGUAGAUUUACUAAGGAUAAUACAGCUUGGAUUGACAUUUCUUGAUGACAACGGAAAAACACCAGGCGGAUCGUAUACAACGUGGCAAUUCAACUUCAAGUUCAACCUGCAGGAGGAUAUGUAUGCCCAAGACAGUAUUGAUCUCUUGACAAACUCCGGCAUCCAGUUCAAGAAGCACGAAGACGAGGGCAUUGAACCGCUAGAGUUUGCGGAGUUGCUCAUGUCUUCAGGCAUCGUUCUCAUGGAGAACAUCAAGUGGUUGUCGUUUCAUUCCGGUUACGAUUUUGGCUACCUCAUCAAACUGUUGACAGACAACAACCUGCCGCAAGAUGAAAACGAGUUCUUCGAGCUACUCAAGCUGUACUUUCCCACCAUUUAUGAUGUAAAGUAUCUAAUGAAGUCAUGUAAAAACCUGAAGGGCGGAUUGCAAGAGGUCGCGGAACAACUAGAACUUGAAAGGAUCGGACCUCAACAUCAAGCCGGAUCGGACUCGUUACUUACAGGAAUGGCUUUCUUCAAAAUGAAAGAGAUGUUUUUCGAGGAUACCAUCGACGACUCCAAGUUUUCCGGUCACCUGUACGGGCUGGGCACGUCAUUUGCGGUGAACGGAACGUCAAAUAACUAUACGAAUGACAACGGGGAUACCACGAAUUCGUCAUGAAGUCCAUAGUCGGCAUUCGGUCGGUCCGUUUCGCUCCUUUCGGUUACAUUGUCGAGAAAAUAUGUAAUAUCGCGCAUCUAUCUUUUUUUUUUACAAUAGACAUACCCAUGAUCAAUCCCCUGUUGUAUAUUCUGUGGUUAACUUUUACAUAUUAUUAUUUAGUGUAAGGUUUUAAACUUAUUUCUAAUUUCGUAUAUAAUUAUUUAAUAAAAUAUCAUGUGAA